AUGUCUACCUUUCAGGUGCCGUUCUCGUCCAGCCCGCCUGCGACGCCAGAUACGAAAUCACAGUUCUCAAGGGGCCUAUCGACUUUCUCGGACAUGGCGGACAAUCCUUCAACGACUCCUGCCGGUCCUCCACCGAAUUCUGCCGCAUCAUUCACCCCCGCAGGCCCGCCUCCAUCCACCAUUUUUGGAAGCUCACAUUUUGGCUCAGAUGUCGGGAAGCUGAAGUUUACCAAACCGAUUCCUCAGGCUGGAACACGUCAGUUUCCGACUUUUCAGCCUCCGAGAACCAAGAAUGGAACACCAGGAGGGCUACUGGGCAAGAACAAUUUCGGGCUUGCGAGUAGCAGUAUCCUCUCUCAAGAGGACUCGUUAGAUCAAAGUCAAUCCCAGGAACCAGACCAUGAAGACGAAGACGAAUUUGGGGGAGAUUAUGAUGAGAGUAUGCAACUGGGCGAGAGCGCUGGCAAUUACGGUCAGGCAGGGUCACCAGCGUUCAAAGGCUUUACGGCUAUCAACAAUGGAGAUGCGCCAUCCGAUCUACGGUCAUCUCUUCUAGACAGCCUACCUAACCCUACCAAACGGUCGAAGCUACAGCGGUCCAUAAGAAGCAAAGGUUCCGCCAUAAUGGCGCGUCAGCUUCCGCGCAAGGGCAAACCUGAUGUGAUCUCCAACAUAGCACGAGAUUUGGCAAGCCGGACUCAGCCAGCCACUUUGACGGAACCAGAUCCAAUGAUCAUAAGGACAGAAGAUAUCCUAGUCGAACUCCAUCGGCAGAUGGACAGUGCGCAAGACGAAGAUGUCAUUCGAGGUAUUCUAGCAGUACGUUCCCUAGAACUUAUGCGGUUAUGGAACUCUUGUGCUCCACCCGAACAGAACCUUGGUGAGGGGAUUGGUCCUGGCUCAGGCGCGAAUGCUUUGCAGAAUGCCACAUAUCUAAGUUCACUACUUCUAGCUCUUCGACAUCCACCUCUGUUAUAUCUGCCAGCUGGUGCUACUGGUCGUGCACCUGGUUCCAAGGCCCUAACAGCUCCUACAAGACCAAUCCCAAUUCCAAAAGUCCUGGUUGACUGGCUGAAUCGGUACCAUAUCUCGUACGAUGACUUGCUUGAUGCUGUCAGGUCUACUCGUCCCAAUUGUACAGCACAUGAGUCAUUCUGGGAUGUAGCAUUUGGCAUGCUUGUUCGCGGACAAGUCUUACAUGUCAUUCAGCUCUUCUCCGACGCGGACUUUCAGCAUGCCGCCUCAGCGCUUGAUGAUGGCGAAGAUGAGCCAGGUUACCAUGGCGCACAAUUGCAGGCCGUGCAGAGCGCUGUGGAUCGGGCAAGGGAGCUACUUAGAGGGUGCCCUGCGACCAAAGGUGACUGGCAAAUUCACAGCUCAGACUGGGAUCUUUUCCGGAAGAGAGUGUCUUCGGAAUUAGAGCACCUGGCAAUCAGUGGCGGAGUGGACGAUGAAGAGGAUUCUUCGAAUACUUUUCAAGCCGAGAACUUUGGACUUCAGAAGACCGGACGACUGCUUCCUCGAUCUGCCCAAGCAGCACAUCGUCAGCUUCCAUGGAGCAUAUAUCAAAAGCUCAAAGUUUUCUAUGGUAUACUUCUAGGCAGUGCUGAUGAGAUCAUCGCUCAAUCGCAGGACUGGCUUGAGGCCACUGCCGCGCUGACGGUAUGGUGGGACGGUACUGAAGACUUGAACAUCGCUACGUGGAGUAUCAAUGUCAGCCGCGCUCAACGAGCUGAUGCUUCAGAUCGUAUUGAGGAUCCUUACCUGGCUCGUAUAAGUGCUGCUUUCCUCUGCGUUACCGAUCCUGACUAUGAAGAUUCAUUCUACAUCAACUCUCUCAGUCCGCUAGAAGUUGGUCUCGCAUCUAUCCUUCAAGGCGAUACUCAGGCUGUUCUCAGCUCCCUUCGGACAUUCUCUCUUGUGAUUGCAGCCUCUGUGGCGGAGAUUGGCAGCUUAGCAGGGUGGCUAGAGCCACCACAAGCCAAUAAUGCGCCUGGUCUCGACCAGGAAGAUCUUAUAGUGCUCAGCUACGGCGUCAAAUCCCAAGGCAUCACCAAAGAUGAUAUCAUCCUCCGCUAUUCGAGACAACUUUACGACCGGCAGGAAUUUGUAGAUGACGAAGACACCUGUGAAGGUUGGGAGCUCGCCAUUUCCGUAGCAAGUCGCAUCGAUGACCGCCAGCUCGUCACGGAUACCAUUACCAAUUUCCUCAACCAAUUGCACCUCGACUCCCAAGACCGCCUCGACAAACUUCUCGCCCUCUGCUCCUCCCUCGGCCUCGAAGCCGAAGCUCGAAAGGUCUCGGAACGCUUCGCCGACCACCUCUCCUCCAGCACGACGCUCUACGGGCCAGCCCUCCUCUGCUACGCUCGCUCUCACGCCUCAGGCAAAAUCCGCCAACUGAUGGACCUCCUCGUCUCAUACUGCCUUGUCCAAUCAGCCGCCUAUCCCGCCAACUCGGAACUUGAUGAAGACCUGCGAGUGCUGGCAGAGAACCCCAAGCGUGCCCUCUCAAAGCUGAAUCAGGUCGACGCCGAAGCAGCAGCGAUGCUGCAAUUCUAUCUCGCCGGCUACGCGUGCUUACGACGCUUUUACAACCUCCGAGACGAAGAGAUGCUCGCCAAAGCCGAGGGGCGGACACCCAACCCGAAAUCACGUUUUGCUCGUAGGAAGGCCGCAGCGAAAGCGCUGACUGCAGUCAUCAACAGCGCCGCGGAUGCCAUCUACGGCAGUCUCUACGACGCAGAGCGUGAAUCCGCCAUUCAAGUUGACGGGCUGCUCACCCUGCUGGGAGAAGUGACCGCUCUUGUGGGGGGAGAGGGAGAACAGGACGCCAGAGUGCUGACGGCGGCUCAGAUGUAUGAUAUCCUUGCCGCGAUCGAGCACCUGCAGACGGUCAACCCGAGGGUGUUCGAGGCCACCGAGGACUGUCUGAGCGCGGCGCUGAGGAACUAUCGCGGCAGCGCGCCGCCCAGCCCGCGAGCCAUGUUGAAGAAAAGCGUCAGCAGCGCGACCGAGGACGGGAGCACCGGCACCGCCUUCAGCUUUUCCUUGCUCGGAAGUGAGAUGUUGGCAAGCCGCGCAGGCGGUGCGGAUGGUGGAGGAGGAGGAGGAGGGAAGAGUAUAGGCAGUAGUGGAGUCCUCGUACCCGGGAAGGUGGAGAGGGGCUGGGAUUGGAGAAGCAGGUUUGCGGACAAAGAGGAGCAGAGGGCUGGACAUCAGCUCAAAGGGCACGAGGUGCUCGCCUAUCUGAGAAGGCAUAUCGCGAUGGAGUUGGCGCUGGCAGAGUUGGAGGAAGGAGAGGCAUAG